AGUCACUCAGUCACUCACACACACAACCAGCACCACCUGGACAGGGAGCACCAGCAGCGCGAGGAGCGUAGUGAGACCCAGGCCCUGCGGUUACAGCAGGAUGAGGCCUACCUCGUCAGCCUGCGGGCCGACCAGGAGAAGGAGCGGCUGCGACGUGAACGGAGGGACGCUGAGGAGCGUGAGAGUCAGCGGAGAGACGCUGAUGAGGAGCGUGAGGCUCAGCGGAGACAGGAGGUGGCUCGUGAGCGUCAGCGUCGGGCCCUGCUGAUGCCGGAGGAGCCGCCGGCCGGUCACCCGGGCGCCAUCACCGCCGUCUUGAAGCUGCCAGACGGCACGAGGCUCUCUCGGAGAUUCCUCGACACACACACCACCCAGGCUGUCUACGACUUUGUCUUCUCGCACCACGGGGCCCCCGAGGUCUUCCAGAUUGUCUGCAACUUCCCACGGCGAGUUCUGUGCUCACCGCCACAACCAUCGGCCUCACCGGCACCGGCGUCACCGGCGUCACCGGCGUCACCGGCGUCACCGGCGUCACCGGCGUCACCGGCGUCACCGGCGUCACCGGCGUCACCGCCGCACCGAUUCCCGACGCUGAAGGAGGCUGGGCUGGGCCGCUCCGAGGUUCUCUUUGUCCAGGACCUCGGCGAGGACGAGUGACCAAACCGCUCGUUCACUCAGUCACUCAUACACUCAGUCACUCACUCAGUCACUUACUCACUCAGUCACUCACUCAGUCACUCACUCAGUCGCUCACUCAGUCACUCACUCAG